AUGGACAUAAAUGGAUUUAUUGCUGUAAUUCUCGCGUUCUUCAUUGUUGCGGGUUCUUCCGAUGCCUUAUUUGUCUGGAAUUUCCGAAAACUAACUGAUGCUGUCCCAAAUAAUACCUCUCCCGACACCCGGAUUUCGCCGUCCCUUAGUCCAGUUUCUGGUGGCGGAUCGAAACGUAAUCCAAUUGAUGCAGAUGAGUCUGGAAAAAAGAAGCUCAAUGAUCAUCAGGGGACAACAGAUUCGUCAAAGGCGGAUCCGAAGGGCUCCAGCAAUAGCACUACUGGUUCUGUGACUCCAACCACUGAAAAGCAAGCGGACAAGGAGAAGAAUCACCAAGGGAGUGAAAAAGGUGACAAAACAACUGAUUCCCGGUUGGGUACCAAUGAAAGUUGUAAGGAGUCACCUAAGUCGUGCACGGACGACAAGUCUAUACUUGCCUGCUUUCAUGCAGGGCCUAGGGAAUGGAUACUUCUAGUCCAAAAUGAAGAAGAAAGCAUUUUGAAAGUGAAUCUUAGCAUUCCAAUUUCUGAGGAGAACCAUUGGCAAACUUUUGAAAUAUCCGGACAUCAAACUACAAAGAUCAAUAUCACUUCGAGUAUGGGCAAAAGCUCUAAAAUAGUACUAAAUGCUGGAAAUAAGGAUUGCGUGAUUCACAUGGAAACUCCUGAUUAUAAAAGGGAAUUUUUCAAGAAAAUCUCUUUUUAUUCUAAGCAAAUAACCCCCAUCUAUGGUGCUUACUUUUUGCUUCUGGUAACACUAAUAUUUGGUGGAGCAUGGGCAUGCUGCAACUUGAGGAAGAGGAGACGGCUGGGUGGUGUUGCAUAUCAAGAACUUGAAAUGGGAUUGCCAGAAUCUGCUUCUGCUGUCAAUGUGGACACAGCAGAAGGUUGGGAUCAGGACUGGGAUGAUGAUUGGGAUGAGGAUAAGGCAGUGAAGUCACCAGGGGGACAUCAUGUUGGAAGCAUCUCGGCUAAUGGUCUUACUUCUAGGUCGUCUAGAAAAGAUGGAUGGGAAAAUGACUGGGAUGAUUAG